AUGUAAAUUACAGAUGGACAAAAGAAAAUAAUGGCUAUAACCGGAGUUGUUAUAUUAAUAUUUGGAAUCUUAUAUCUCAUAGAUUGGUUGAUUGUAUUGCAUUUUGGGUAUCUAGGCCAUUUUGUAAUUCAAAAUUCAUUAACUUAAUUUUAGAUUUUUUUUGUUGGAUUUUAUGUUUUCAUAAAAAAUACAAUAAGAUUAUUUGUAUUUCCAGGUUCUUAUUGGCUAUGGAGAAGGAAUGUAGAAAAUAGAUAUGCAAAAGCCUUAGCUAGAAGAGCAAAUAAAAGAAUGGAAGAUUUAUAAAAUUUGAUAAGAAAAUUAUUGUAAUUACCUGAGUAAUUUUAAUAAUGUAAAUUAGUAUCAAAGAAGUAAAUGUUGAAGAUUUGGUACCAAUUAAAAAAACAUUGUAAUCAUUUUUAAAUACUUUUUCUUCAUUAAAUUAUAGAAAAGAAUUAAACGAGCAAUAAAAACAUCUAUUUGGUUUAUGUUAAUAAUUAGAAUAGAAUCUAAAGGAUAUUUUAAUUGAAUCUAAACCUUUGUAUGAUCUUUUAGAUAAUCCUUUAGAAGUUAUCAAUUAUUGUAAACAAAAUUUUAAUGUUGAUUCUGAACAAUGUUCAAAUUUACUAAUAAUUUUGGAAAACUUAAUAGAUUAAUUAUAAGGAAUAUAUGAGACUAAGAAUAUUAUUUAAAAUAUUGAGAGAUGGAUCUUUAAUAAAACUCUUGGGACAGUUGAUUAAAUGAGAGUUGAACUAGAAAAUACUUUUAAAACUAAAAGAUUUAAAGUUUAAGGAUACGAUGGAAAAUUAAUUGAUUGGUAAAUAAAAAAAUAUAUAUUAUUAAAGUUUUUAUAUAUACGCAAAUGAAGAUGAUACUGAAAAUAAUGAUCGUACAGUUAUAUUUUGCUAACCAAAUGCAGGAUACUAUGAAUAUAUGUAUUAUGAAUCAGAAUGGAUUGAUUAUUAUUUAAAACGUGGAAUAAAUAUGUUUUUAUGGAAUUAUAGAGGUUAUUGUGAAAGUUAAGGAUUACCAAAUACAAAAGACAUAAUGAAAGAUGCAGAAUCAAUAUGUGAUUAUGUUACAUCACAUUUAAAAGUAAAUUAAUUGAUAUUUCAUGGGGAAUCUUUAGGAGGAAUGGUAGCAUGCCAUUUAGGUAGAGUUAGAUAAUGCAAUUUAUUAUUUGCAGAUAGAACUUUUUCAAGUAUCAGUAGGAUUGCUUAAGUGGGAUUUUCUAAAUAUGCUAGUUUUUUGUUUAAAUUAUUAACUUCAUGGGAUUAUAACUCUGCUAAAUCAUAUGUUGAAUGCUAAAGUUAUAAGAUUUUAGCUUUAGAUUAAAAAGAUGAAGUUAUUCCAUUUCUAUCAUCACUCAAAGUUGAUGUUACUAAAGAAAUAUUUCUGAAAGAAUUUGGAGGUUCUUAUUAAAAUGAUGAAAAUGUAUUCUCUUAUAUUUAAUAUUAGUUUAAAUAAAGUGAUUAAAAAGAAAAAUUCAGCUAAAAAAUAUUAAAAUAUAUUCCUUUUAUUCCGAAAUCAGAUAGCACAGCAUUCUAUGAUAUUUGGUAUUCUUAAUUAUUAAAUAAAUAAGAAAUGUUAACAUUUUUUGAAGCUAAUAAAAGGUAAGUUAUAUAUCAAAUUUAAUAAAUAGAAUUCAAUAUAUAAUGAAAGAUUUAUAAACUGAAAGAAGCAAAAAAACUUUAGAUGAUUCAUAUUCCACUUAUUUAAAUGAAUCACAAGAAAUCGAAAAACAAUUUUCACAAAAUUAAAAUAUAGCUAUUGAUAUUGAUGAGGUAUGAAUAAUAAUAAAUACUAUGUUUAAGGUUUCAUAAUUAGCAGGUCCUUAUACAUUAUCUGAAAAAGAAAAAUUAAAUGAAAAUCUCCUUAAAUUUGUGAACAAAGUUUAUGAAUGUUUUGAAUCUUUUGAAACUGCUUCUAUGACAUUGAAUGAUGUUUUUACAGCUUUCAAAGAAUCAUAAUAAUAUGAAGUCUUUCUUGAUUAUUUACUUAGUAUAUUUUUCUGGGGAUCAUAUCUUCCUCUUAAAAAUAUUUCCAAAAAAAAAAUGAACACUGUAGUUUGUUAAAAAUUAGCAUUUGCAAGAUUUACAUCUAACAUUAAUAAAAUAGAAACUUUAAUUAAAAAUGAAAAAAAUAAUUUAGAUACUAAUAAUGGAAUUAGAGUAUUUAUUUAUUACUAUUCAAGUUAAUAUAAGAUUUGGAAUUAAUUAUUCAAAGACUUAAGUUGAUGAGGGAAAACUUUAAAAAAACUAUGAGAAAUUAACAUUAACACCCAUCAAAUUAAUCAAUUUAAAAUGAACCAAAAGAAAAUGAAGAAAAAAAAUCUAGUAUUGAUAAUUAUUUAUAAAGCUUCAAAAAUUAAUGAAUCAUUAAAAAUUUAUUUAGGAUCCUUUAUUCCUUUAGGUUGUGGACAUAAUGGAAAUUUGAAUUCAACUGAAGUAGAAGUUCUAGACUUUCAUAUGUCCUAAGCAGGAGUUGUAAAAUAUUGA